UUUGCACUACCAUCAUAUUAUUGGAUUGGUGGUGCCAGCAUAGCUCCGCCCACCUUCAGCCUGGCUAACCAGACAGGGAAAUUGAAGACACCUGUGUGGACGUGCAGGACCUUUACCAAACUUAUUGUUGCUUAAUCUGUGCUAAAAUAUAGCUGACCAGUACAAUAGCAGAAAAUCCUAUUAAGAUGCAGUAAUGGUACUGUACCUUAACAUAGGGAAAGCACAAACAAUUGAUCGGAAUAAAUCAUUAUUUCAAAUAAAAGAGAAACUCAGACUCACACUUUGCUCUAAUGGAACUAGAGUGUGUUUUUCAUGAACACAUUUAAAAUAACUUACAAAAAAAUGUGUUACUUCAUUAGCAGAUUAAUAGGGAAGUCUGUUCCACAUCAGUCGUUCAAGAUCCCUUUAAGUUGAAUGACAACAUAACAGACUGACACGCAAUCUUGUUGGCAACUAGAACGACCAAAGGCAAAAAAGUCUACACAAAGUAUAGACCUAGCAAAAAAAAAACUAUCACGUUUAUCUUAGACAUUGCGUGCUAGAGUGUCAAAGUAUUGGGGGAGUGGAUUUGUUAUCAGCAGCUUUACAUGACCUGAUCAAAGUGCAUAUUGCAUGUUGUGCUUCUCCGGAACUGGUGAAUCUACGUCCAUUCAAAUUAACCGUGGAAUAAGCUCCAGUAAGCCUCCAGGUUGUAAAAAUGUCUAAAGAAAAAACUCAGUGGAAGGAGUUUUUAGAAGCAGCAAGUGUUCUACAGUACGUCCUGAGCGUCAUCUUCUUAGCCGUGGCUUGUUAUGUGUUGACGGCGUAUCUUAUGUUUACCUCGCUGUGGCCACUCUGCGCUCUGUACUUUGUUUGGCUGGUGAUGGACUGGCAAACCCCUGAAAAAGGUGGCAGGAAAAGAAGGUUUGUGAGAAAGUGGCGGGUAUGGGAGCACUUCAGAGACUUUUUUCCAGUCAAAUUGGUAAAGACAGCUGAGCUCAAUCCAAACAAGAACUACAUCUUUGGCUAUCAUCCACAUGGUAUCGUGUGUGCUGGAGCCUUUAGCUGCUUCAGCACAGAGAGUUGUGGCUUCGCUGAGGCGUUUCCUGGGGUGCGACCCUCCCUGGCAACCCUGGCCGGACUCUUCAAGAUACCAUUCUUUAGGGAGUACAUGAUGAGUGCAGGCCUUUGUCCAGUCAGCAAACCAAGUCUUGUCCACCUCCUCUCAAAAAGUGGGAAGGGAAAUGCAGUGGUGAUUGUGAUAGGGGGCGCUGCUGAGUCCCUUUCAUCCUCCCCUGGAGUUCAUACAAUACUUGUGAAGCAGAGAAAGGGAUUUGUCAGGAUGGCCCUUGAGUGUGGGGCUGAUCUGGUGCCUGUUUACUCAUUUGGGGAGAAUGAACUCUUUAAGCAGGUGAUUUUCUCACAGGGAAGUCUAAGUCGCAAGCUACAGGACCUGUUUAAAAACAUCAUGGGUUUCGCCCCAUGUCUAUUUGUUGGUGAGCGCUUUGUAUUACUACCCUACAGGACUCCAAUCACCACUGUCGUGGGAAGUCCCAUCUCAGUGCCAAAGCAUCUCAUACCGACUGAGGAAGAGGUCAACCACUAUCAUAGACUUUACAUAGAGGCCCUGUCCAAGUUAUUCCACGAACACAAGGUCAAAUAUGGACUUUCUGAAAGUCACAAGCUUGAGAUCAUUUAGACAUUUCACUUCCACAUGAACUGUGUAAUUUUUUUUUUUUAGUUUGUACAUGGGGCUUUUCCAAAAUGGGACUUGUGUGGGACUGAUGUAAUGAACCUGAUCUUCAAUGGCAGAUUAACCUUGUAGAGUUAUUUUAAAUUCUGCUGAUAUAUUUAACAUGAAUAUAUGCCUUUAAUAAUAAUAAUUAAGAUGCAAUGCCCAUUAUGUGGGAAUGUUGUUUGUAAAGCAGUGCUUAUGUUGUCUUGGUAUGUAUGCAACACUUACGAUGAAACGCCACGUGUCAAAUUACUGCUUGUGUAAAAUGUUUAUAUGCUUUUUCUCAGUUUGCUGAAUAAAAGUAAUAAUGCUGGUUCUUUCUAUAUGAAUUAUGUAAACAAGGUUAAGACCAUGCUCUUUUACCUGUGAUUUACAAAAUGUAUGAAAAUGGCCAUUUUCAGCACUGAAUGUUCUUUACAUUUGAUAAGUACAGUACAUGUUUCUGCUAAAAGCUUUUUUUUUUUUUUACAUCUGUGUAGGAGUUGACAAUUUGGAACUAGUGUAUUUGUACAUCGUCAGACAUACUGUGCAAAGCAAGAGUGCAUUUGGUAGUGUUUCCAUUCAAUAGAUAUGUAUCUUCCUUGCAUCACUGCAAGCCUUCUGCAGUUCUCUAGUUAGCAGCUGUGUCAAAUAAUGACAUAGGUAAUUCAAUGGUUUGUCCAGCAGAGGGCAAGCAU